AAACACCUGUACUCGACAGCGUAUAUUCCGACCGCCAAAUUUCAGGUUUUUAAACCGUAAACCCUUUUCACCUUCUUCCACCCCCAUCCAUCCUCUAAUCACCACCACCGCACCAACAACUGUUAUUCGACAGAGUUGUAGAGUAAUGAAGACUUGGUACUGUUAUAUUCUUAUUGGGCAAGAUUGAUGAGGAGCAUCAAGGUAUUGCCGGAAUCUGUUCGCAGUUCUAUGCGGUCUGGCAUUAUUUUGUUUGAUUUGACAAGGGUUAUAGAAGAACUGGUAUUCAACAGUCUUGAUGCUGGUGCCACAAAGGUGAUCGUGGCUGUAGGCGUUGGGACAAACUACAUAAAAGUUACUGACAAUGGUUGUGGUAUUACACGGGAUGGACUGGUGUUGCUGGGAGAAAGAUAUGCAACAUCUAAGGUUGAGAAGCUGGCUGGUAUGAACACUGUUCCAGAAAGCUUUGGUUUCCGCGGGGAAGCACUAAGCUCAAUUGCUGAUGUUUCUUUGUUGGAAGUUUUUACAAAGGCCCAUGGAAUGCCAAAUGGCUACCGCAAAGUCAUAAAGGGGUGCAAAUGCUUGUAUCUAGGAAUUGAUGAUGAUAGACAAGAUGUUGGCACAACAGUUGUCGUUCGCGAUUUAUUCUAUAACCAACCAGUUAAAAGGAGGCAUUUACAUUCCAGCCCCAAAAAGGUUCUGCACUCUGUUAAAGAAUGCAUACUGAAUAUUGCUCUUGUCCACCUGGCAACCUGCUUCAAACUGGUUGAUGUUGAGAGUGGUGAUGAGCUUCUUAGCUUGCAUCCUUCAUCUUCUCCUUUGCCCCUAUUAACAAGCGGUUUUGGAGUUGACGUUUCACGUUCUCUACAUAAGUUGGAUGAAUGUGAUGGAAAAUUAAAGCUUUCUGGAUACAUAUCUGGCCCUUAUGAAACAUUCUCCGUGAAGGCUUUCCAAUAUUUCUAUAUCAAUUCAAGAUAUAUAUCACGAGGCCCGAUACAUAAAUUGCUGAGUCAGCUAGCUGCCAUGCAUGAGAGUUCAGAUACGUUAAAGGCUGACGUUAGGUCUCAAUGUGGAAAGCGGAGCAGGGUUCAAGCAUCUCCAACUUACGUAUUGAAUUUAAGUUGCCCACGAGCUCAUUAUGAUUUGAGUUUUGAACCUGCCAAGACUUGUGUUGAAUUCAAGGAUUGGGAUCCUGUAUUAGAUUUCAUAAAGAAAGCUGUUUCAUGCGUUUGGAGUGAAGUCUGUGAAGGUGCUCAUAUGUCUAAAGAAGAUGAUAUAUGGAAUGAAGCUGAUACUUUUUUAACCAAAGAUGUCUGUGAAGGUGCUCGUAUGUCUAAAGAAGAUGAUAUAUGGAGUGAAGCUGAUACUUUUUCAACCAAGGAUGAUAUACUGAAUAAUGAGCGGUUUCCAAAGAAGAGGUGCGUGACAAAAUGCAAUCAGGAUUCCAUUAUUCUUUCUUCACCCCAAUUAGAGAUGCCCACAAAAGAACCAAAGCACAUGACAUUAGGUAGAUUUUCAUGUAAUCGAUCUCAAAGAAAUGCUGUACGGUUUGAAGAUUUUGGUUACGUAACUUCCGAAGAUGCCAAGUGGCACCCAAAAACUCUGUAUACUGGCUGUAAUACAAGCAAUAAAUCGCUUGUGAAACAUGCAUCUCCCAUUUCUUUUCAUUUUGAUGAUAAUCUUAUGAAGCCUUUUAUGAGAAGUUGUUCCUCUCACAUGGAUAUGUUACGUGUUGUUAAAAGCACUAGAGGUGAUGACAAAUUCAGAUUCCAAGCUGAUAAGUUCAAGAAAUGGCUUGACAUGGAUGAUAAUAGAGUGGAUGUUGAAGAAGAAAAUGAUAAUAUCACACUGGGUUCAGAACCAUGGCUCGAUGAUGGCGUAACCAUUUGGUCGCCACCUAGGAUCACCACAUCAAAAGGCUCACUUGAUACAUUUUUGACCGGUGGAGACUGCUUGACAGAGGAUAAUAGUCAUUGGACCAGUCCAGUUGCAUCAAUUCAAUAUUCUAAAUCAAGUCACUGGUCUUCUAAAGAGGAUAACAGACACUUCAAACAUGAAAGAAAUAUUGGAUUUGACCUUUUUGCACAUGAGGCAGACGAAAAGGAUAUCUUUAACGUUGAUUACAUGAGAGAUAGCCCUUCCUGGGAGGAUUGUGAAAAGAACAUUAAGAAUUCUCGAAAUGACGGUAUUUUAUCCCAACAGCAGUAUGAUUUCCUGUAUGAAUCAGAUUGGACAAGAUCUCCUGUAGCUGCAUCACACCAUAUGCCUUCAUUAUCUUAUGCUGAAAGGGAAAGGAAUAAAAUAGCUCAUUGUAAAAUUCGGGAUAAGCAGCGAAGAAGAAGCUGUUCGGCCCCACCAUUUUACAAAGAGAAGAAAAGAAUCAUUGCCUUAAAUAGUUGGAUGACUAAUAAAUCAGAGACACUUCAUGAUGCCCCUACUUUGAAAGAAGCUAGCCAUCUGAAGCACACACAGAAAUCAUCUGCGAAUGACUUGCGGUCUAAGGCUAGACAUGAUGAGAAGAAAAUUAUUGGUAAAGCCGAGAUUCCAGAUUAUAAAGGGGAGGCGACUCAUUGUCUUGAUGUAUACAUAUACAAUACAGAUUCCAACUUCACCUCAAAGGAAAACCUAGGUGGACUAGGCUUUGGAGUAAAAUGGCGGAAUGGCUGUCCUUUGACUCCAAGUAUACAGACACGUAAUGAUCUUGCUAAUGAGGAGAAAAUACUUGAUAUCUCUUCUGGGAUAUUACAUCUCUCUGGUGAUUCUCUGUUACCCAAGUCUACAAGUAAGAAAUGUCUUGAGGAUUGUAGAGUUCUUUAUCAAGUUGACAAGAAAUUUAUUCCCAUCGUGGGUGGUGGAAUACUUGCUAUUAUUGACCAACAUGCUGCUGAUGAAAGAAUACGACUUGAAGAUUUGAGAGAAAAGGUGCUUUCUGGAGAAACAAAGACGAUCACCUAUCUGGAUGCAGAGCAAGAACUUGUUUUACCUGAGAUUGGGUAUCAGUUAUUGAACAACUAUUCUGAGCAGAUCCAGAAAUGGGGCUGGAUCUGCAACUUUCAUGCUCAGAGCUCGGUGUCCUUUAAGAAGAAUUUGAAUUUCUUAAACAAUCAGCCAUCUGUUGCCACACUACUUGCUGUGCCAUGUAUUUUGGGUGUCAAUUUAACUGAUGUCGAUCUCCUAGAAUUUCUUCAACAGCUUGCUGAUACUGAUGGAUCUUCAGGAAUACCACCAGCCGUUCUUCGGGUUCUAAAUUUCAAAGCUUGCAGGGGUGCAAUCAUGUUUGGAGAUGCACUACUCCCUUCAGAAUGUUCUCUUAUUGUUGAAGAGCUUAAGAAGACUUCAAUGUGUUUUCAGUGUGCUCAUGGUCGGCCAACAACUGCACCCCUCGUGAACCUAGUGGCCUUGCAUAAACAGAUUGCUAAGCUUGGAAAUUGGAGCCAUGGGUCAUCUGGGCCUUGGCAUGGACUAAGUCGACAUAGACCAAGUCUCGAGCGUGCGACUCAACGGUUAAGUCAAUGCUAGAGGUAUGAACAUGUCUUUAGGUCACAUAUGUCUUGUUAUUCACCUAUACGUCUUAAGCAAUGUAAGUAGAAAUGUGUGUGUUGUAUGUUCUUGUAGAGUUGUAAAAACAUGCUUUAUUUCGACAUAUAAAUCUUGUUUUCCAUUAAUGGGGGCAUGUGAACUUGUGCAUAAAGUUGGUUAACUGUAGCUUCUGAAAGUUUUUUCUAUCAUCCAGAAUC